AUGCCGCCAGACAAUUGGGAUACACACCGAGCUUCUUUCGAUGGCACUGUGCAAUUAACGGCAGAAACGCACAUCACAGAUGCCAGCCCUGUAGUCACACGACCAGUUCUCCAGGAGGAUCCCGGCACAGGAGGAAGCUCAACAUAUAUCGGACGACAUCAUUUUGGAGACAGUGCUAUAGAUGAAACUUCCGCUCGCGAUUAUGGUCAGUCACGACAGCAAGGACUAUCUGAACUUGAACAGAAAACUCUGGAGCUCUGGAAUGUCUUUGCUUUGCCCCCACGGCCACUCCAUGAGAGUUUAUUAGAAUCUUUCAUGCAGUACUGUUUUCCGUGGAUGCCUUUGCUCGAACCAUCCGAAGCACAUGUCCGUGACAAUCAGCAGAGCUCGUUACUUCUGUCCCAGGCUAUAUUUCUAGCCGCGAGUCGGGUCAAUCCUUCUCCUCCUGUCUGCGAAUACGCCUCAUCCGCUGAGUUUUAUCAGCGGGCGAAAGCAUUGUUCUGGAUCGGACAUGAGAAAAAUGAGCUGACUGUCAUCAAAGCAACUACUAUGUUGCAUUGGUACACGCCGGACGGCCCUGCUUUUGUUUCUCAUGACACCAGCGAAUACUGGCUAAAGAUCGGUGUGGGAUUGGCGUAUCAAAUUGGCUUGCAUAAAGAGCCUCCUCCAGGUCCACCAAGAGCCAUUCGACGGCGGAUGUGGUGGAGCCUUGUUGUGCGAGAUUCUCUUAUCUCUGUUUCGAGAGGUAGACCUCGAGCUGUCAAUCUGGAAGACUCGGACGUAUCGAUGCCGACCUUGGAUGAUUUUGCUGACGCACCACAAACUGGAGAGCUGUUUAUUGCUUAUGUCGAAGUUUGCUGCAUAUUAGGCGAUCUUGUGCAAACAUGUGCGAGGAGAAGAAUGACAACUAGUAAACGUACAGAAGUUUUGAACGCGUUGUUCAAGUGGACGCGGAUGCUCCCGGCGAGACUGAUGUUGGCGCAGUACUCUGUCGACACACGAUCUUAUGAAGCACGUCCUCACGACUUUCUGGCACGACAACUACACGUACCUUACUUCACAAGUAUCAUAAUUUUGGCAAGGUCAGGUGCUACAGGCGAAAAUAUCAGCCCAGCUGCUGUUAUGGCAGCCUCUUUCGUGGCAGGUGUCUACGAAGAUUUCCUGGCCCGCAAUCUGGUUGGUCUGCUGUCACCUACCUUUACAACUUUUGCAUUCAUCUCUGGCCUUGUACUCCGAUCGCUCCGGUCAUACCCUGGGCUUUGGCCUGCCGCGCGGAAAGAUCUCGAGACCAUACUCGCAUCACUCCAACAACUAUCUAAUCGAUGGCGCUCUGCUAUAGGAGCUUAUAAGGUAAUACAGAGAGCUCUCGAUCAUCCGGUACCUACUGGCACAUCUCCCAAAAGAUCUCUAUUAUCUCUCAGCCGCGAAGAAGCACCCUUGUUCGAGGGAUUCCCGUUGCAUAUUUGCAGGAUGUGGCAUGCAUCUGAAGCGGAGAGAGCCGCGCAGAACGUUGAUUUUAACCUCUCGGAUAUACUACCGCCACAGAUGGACUUGGCUGCCGAAAGAGGAAGCAACAGCCAAGCAGCAAUCAUGAAUCUGAACUUGCUGCCCGACGACAGUCUGUUUGACGUCCCGUUCGAUGACGUCCCGUAUUUUUGGGGUGAUUGGGGUGUCAAUGGCUAG